AUGGCUUCCCAACAGAUCCGCCAUGAGCGAGCCUCCAGCGACAGAGCACAUGCGGUACCGAUGUCGGCUUCACAACGUCCGGGCAUUGGCCGUACAUUGUCGGCCCCAACAGGAGGAUUAUACAAACUGGAUUCGGCUCGAAAACAGGGGUCAGCGACAAGACUUGGUCAGACAUUGGAGGAGGAUGAGGAUAUGAGCAAUGAUACGUCCAGGCGGUCUCGUUCCCGGCAAGGCGAUGAGGAACCCUCCAAGGCCAAUCUCCCUGAGGUGACCAUCGCCGUUGUGGGCUCGGACAACGCUGGCAAAUCGAACUUUAUAAAAUGUGCGCUGGAUAUGAAAAGCACGCCCUCCUCCCUCGUGACAAGGAAAAAGAUGUCGUUGGACGGGUCUGUCUACAUCGUGCGCUUGCUGGAGAUUGAUCUGAGCGAGGUUCAGUUCAAUCAGAACAUUCUCUGGCCACACCUGGGAAAGAAUUCUUCCCCUCCGACAAUUGACGGUGUGUUGGUGCUGCAUGAUGCAACUCAACCGGACAAAUUCGCCGAAACAAUUGAACUCGUAGACUCGCUUGAUGCAUCCCCGCUACCAUUCCUGUUGGUUGCUUGCAAGUGUGAUCUGCGCCCGGAGGACAGUGAACUGGGCGCGAUCCAUGAGCGACACGAGAUCUACCGGACAUCGCCCGAGUCGCCCCGAUCCCAGCAAAUGUGUAUUGCUCUUGUUCUCCGGGCUGUAAUUUCCACCCGAGCAGACCUCGCUUCGUCUGACCAUAAUAAUAAUCCUGCACCUUCCGUUCCUCCCCCGCCGCGAACAACGACCAAGUCUUUCCAACCCACCCCGCCCCAAGAUUGGCAUACACGAACCAAUUCAGAUACUCCGACCGCCGUUCUAACGGGAGCCGCUGGCGGCUCAAACCCGUCGGUUUCGAUUCCAAGUGUCGAUGGGAUCGGUGAUUGUCCGCCCACCGACCAGGCCCCGCGCUCCAAUCUGGCGCAACAGAAUGCUCCCAGUUUUGCUCGAAAUGCCCGAAGUAACUCCCACCCGGUGCGACCGCAAUCUCCUCCAGAGGUGCGGAUGAAUACCCGCCGACCAUCAGCACAAGCAGACAUUCCUCUAGAACAGCAGCCCAGCUUCUCACAGCGCAUGCAAACCACCUGGCGAAGUAGUGGAGGCUCGGACGCCUUUAAUAGUUUUCUGAAUAUGGAGGACGAGAUGGAUGAAGCCCCAUUGAGCCCGACUAGCGUCGUGCGCCCGAAGCCGAGUAGCGAGAGCAAUUCCAGCGCGGAGGCAGGAUUGUCGUUUGAUGAGCUAGUCGAUCGCCUCGUCGCCCAGCCCCUGUCGAAAUCGGACGGCAAAUUCGGCACCAUUUUCCUCUGUCUAUACCGGAAAUUUGCUGCUCCUGCAACCCUUCUCAACGCCUUGAUCGGCCGAUUUGAAAAAAACGAAUCCAGCAAUACAGACCAACUAGCCCGCAUGGCCGACCAGUUGCGAUUAUUGAACGUCAUCGCCCAAUGGGCUUCAGAUUACCCGGGCGACUUUGCAUAUCCCAAGACCCGCAAACGGGUCAACGACUUUGUCUCUACGCUCGAAAAGAGCCAUUUUUACAUGUUUGCUGCGAAGGAGAUUGGAUCUUUCCUUGACGCGAAUGCUGAAGACGAUGAUAUUGGCUGGGCAUUCCGCGACGGAGAUGUGGAUGACACAAGCCUCACCGAGACAUUCUUUGACAACUCCGGGCGAAGUUCCCCAGCGCCAUUCCUGACUGGUACAUACGAAGACGAAGACGACGAGGAAGAGGACCCCAUUUACAGCAUGAGCGCUUUGGAUCUCAGUGAUGGACCACAUGAAUCGACCGCUCGGCUCUCGGGAACCCUCUCCAUCUCAUCUAAUACCGACAAACCCUCCAGCACCCUUAACCAAUCAUUCACCGUUUUGACCCUGGAAGCUGCGCAGAAGGAGGCUCUACGUUUGGAAUUGCACCCUCGAAAUCCACUCACCAAGAUUCAAUGGCGGUUUUUCAUGGAGACACCUGACGAAGAAUUCGCCCGACAGCUUACCCGUAUUGAUUGGGUCAUGUAUAACUCAUUUCGGCCUCGCGAUCUCGUGCGCCAUGUGAGUAUCUCGGGCGUUGACAAGGAAAAGAUCAAGAGCUUGCAAAACGUCAACCGGAUGAUCAAACACUUCAAUCAUCUGGCUUUCUUCGUGGCAAGCAUGAUCAUACUCCGUGACAAACCCAAACACCGAGCAAGGUGUCUUGAAAAGUUCAUGAGUAUCGCAGUGAAACUUCGUCGUCAAAACAACUACAACGCUCUUGGUGCUGUUAUUGCUGCCAUCAAUGGCACCCCUGUUCACCGUUUAUCACAGACCCGGGAACUGAUCCCAGUCGCGACACAAAAGGAUUUCAUGCGGCUCGUUAUCCUUAUGAGCACCCAGCGCAGCCACUUCGCUUACCGGUUAGCAUGGGAGAACUCCUUCUCCGAGCGUAUUCCUUUCCUGCCAUUGCACAGGCGCGAUCUUGUCUCUGCAGAGGAAGGAAACAAGACCUUUGUCGGCGAAAACAAAUCCCGAAUCAACUGGAAGAAGUUUGAGGUAAUGGGCGAGGCUGUUCUCGGUAUCCAACGAAGCCAAAAAGUACCUCACCCUCAAGCCCAGAAAUUCGAGGACAUUGAACGCCUGAUUCUCGACUGCAAGCUCUCCGGCGAUGAAGAGGAUCUGUAUGCCCGCAGUCUACAAAUCGAACCAUCCACCAGCGGCGAGCCCAUCCCCAUCCAACCUCCAACCCCAAACACAUCAUCCACAAAAAUGACACCAAACGCCCACCAAAUGCGGUCCGCCUACCGCUCCCUCCUACGCGAAAUCCCCUCAACAAGCCGCACCCUCAACGCCCCCUCUCCCCUCCACCACCGCCUCCGCCAGCUCUUCCGCGCCGAAGAACAAACACCCUCCACAGCCGGAAGUCCCAAUCCAGCAACAAUCCCCUCCUCCACCACAUGCACAGAAAGCGGGUCUACAUCUGCGCCGAUGCCAUUCUCUCUCCCGGCGUCGGCGGAGGAGGCUAGUUUGCGCUUCCAGGAAGCUGAGCAGCUGGCUAAGUACGCUCGGGCGCAGAGGACUUAUGUUGAGUUGCUUGAGCGGUAUAAUCCCGGUGUUGGUAUGGAUGAGGAGGAGAGGGUUCGACUUACUGCCAGAAGGGUUGGGCUCGAUGUUCCUGACUUGUAUGAGGCUGAGGGGAGUGACAAGGGUUCGGCUUGA